CUCUUUUACUGAGAAAUCUAUCUAGUCAUUUCCUGUGCAAGCCCUUCUUCACUUUGCAAAAAGCUAUACAGUUGAGUAAAUAAUCAGCCAGUUAUUCCUUCUCACAGGCUGGAUUCUUUCAUGGACCACCACCGGCUAGGAGUUCAAUGUUGUGCCAUCACGAGAGUGCUAAGAUGAGUGUGGUGGUCUCUGCAGAAGAAAAGAGUUCUCAUGCAUGGAUGUGAAUAAUCUGUGGGCUGCUUUCAUGCUUAUUAACGCAUGUUAUUUGACAUCUUUUCUACGGGGAGUCUAUUUGGCUUCUGAAGAUCAGUUGGGACUCCCUGUGAGAUCAGUUCUUGGGUGGAGCUUGCAGCAACUUGGGGUUUACUCUCCCAGUGGGGAACAUCUGGUGAUCUGCAAGGCCAUCUCUGCUAGAAAUGGAUAACUUCACAAACGAUCAGUCAGGCCCAUGUCAGAGGAACAGGUUGGUAGGACUGCUAGAAACAGAUGACAGUAUCCAGGAGGAUAAGCCUACAUCUAGUACAAAGGAAGAAAGAUCAGGACAAUAUGGGAAGAAGGGAGAGCCCCGGCCCUUGGAGUCACCUUACCAGAAGGAAAGCAGUGACUACUCUCCUAAAGUCAUGAUUAAUCUGAACUAUCGACCAGGAUUUGUGAGCAACCAAAAGGACCCCAAUCGCUUUGACAGAGACAGACUCUUCAGUGCAGUGUCAAGGGGUAGCCCUGAGGCACUGGAUGGCUUACUUGAGUACUUAAGGAGGACCUCGAAAUUUCUCACCAACUCUGAGUACACAGAUGCAAAGACUGGGAAGACUUGUUUAAUGAAAGCCCUGCUGAAUUUAAAAAAUGGAAGGAAUGACACAAUCCCUGUUUUGCUGGAAAUAGACCAGAAGACACAGAAUCCCAGGCCGCUUGUCAAUGUGGCAUGCUCCGACUGUUACUACAGAGGCCAGACAGCACUCCAUAUUGCCAUAGAGAAAAGGAGCCUGGACUUAGUGAAAGUUCUAGUAGAGCAUGGAGCUGAUGUCCAUGCCAGAGCUCAUGGUGAAUUCUUCAGGAAGAAGAAAGAGGGAGUUUGCUUUUAUUUUGGUGAACUUCCCCUCUCUUUGGCUGCCUGUACCAACCAGUUUGAGGUGGUAGAAUAUCUUCUAAACAACCCCCACCAAAAAGCCAGACUCCAGGAGCAAGACACACAGGGCAACACAGUCCUCCAUGCCCUGGUGAUGAUUGCAGAUGACACUGAGGAGAACACCAAGUUUGUGAGCACAGUAUACGUUGAAAUCCUGAAGGCAGGUGUGAAGACUGACCCAACAGUGAAACUGGAGGAGAUCGUGAAUUAUGACGGAUUAAAUCCCCUGCAACUUGCUGCCAAGACCGGCAAAGUGGAGAUCUUCAGACACAUCAUCCAAAGAGAGAUCAAAGACCCAGUGUACAGGCACCUGUCCCGCAAGUUCACUGAAUGGACCUAUGGACCUAUCCAUGUCUCCCUCUAUGACUUGUCUUCUCUAGACAGCUUUGAGGAAAACUCUGUGCUGGAGAUUCUGGCAUACAGCAGUGACACACCAAAUCGGUACAAAAUGGUGGUUUUGGAGCCACUGAACAAACUGCUUCAGCAGAAAUGGGAAACAUUUGCUUCCAAGAGAUUCUACUUCAGUUUUAUCUCAUACUUGUCAUUCAUGAUCAUCUUUACAGCUAUUGCCUACUAUCAGCCCUUAAGGGUAAAGCCUUCAUUUCCAGUGGAGUUCACAGCUGGAGGCUUCCUGUGGGUCUCUGGGCUGAUCAUUAUCUUGCUUGGAGGUGUAUACCUAAUUUUUGCUCAGAGUCUGUAUCUGCGGAGGAGACGCCAGUCCCUGAAGACUAUGUGUUCUGACAGCUGUGUUGAGAUCUUGAUCUUCAUCCAGGCUUUCUCAUUGCUGUUGUCAGCAGUCCUGUAUGGCGCAAGUUCAGAAAACUAUGUGGCAGUGAUGGUGUUCUCUCUGCUUCUGGGAUGGGUGAACAUGCUGUACUACACUCGGGGCUUUCAGCGCAUUGGCAUUUACAGUGUCAUGAUACAGAAGACUAUCCUGAGAGAUCUAUUGCGUUUCCUCUUGGUUUAUAUUAUCUUCCUCUUUGGCUUUGCUGCAGCUCUGGUUACGCUGAUGGGAGAUGCUCCUUCACUCUCUCAGAACAAGUCUGUUGCUCAGAUGGAGAAUGCUGGGAGCCAUGCUAUGUAUGGUGGGCUGCUCAGUGUCUGCCUGGAGCUCUUCAAGAUCACCAUUGGGAUGGGUGACCUGGAUUUUCAUGAACAUGCCAGAUUCAGAUACUUUGUCAUGCUUCUGCUGCUGCUUUUUGUGAUCCUCACCUACAUCCUUUUGCUCAACAUGCUGAUUGCUCUCAUGAGUGAGACUGUCACUGAUAUUUCUGGCUACAGCAAAAGUGUUUGGAAGCUGCAGAGGGCUAUUGCUAUUCUAGAAAUAGAGAAGGCCUGGCUGUGGCGCCAAGGAGGAAAGAGGAGAUCUGGCUGCUUGAUGUCAGUGGGUCUCAAUAAAAAAGAUGAGAGGUGGUGCUUCAGAGUAGAGGAAAUAAAAUGGACAAGUUGGGCAAAGGAAGUGGGAGUUCUUAAGGAAGAGCCUGGAAACACCAAUGAUUUGGAAAUAAAUCCGGAAGCUUCCUGCUGACAAAGGGCUGCUGUUUUUAUGUCUCCUGCUAUAGAGAUGAGAUCACGGAAACAGGUGCCACAGAAACAACUGAGAUCAGCUGUUUCAGAGGAGCAGUCACUGCUGCAGCCCGAGCUAUCAGCAACUGAGAUGAUGCCUCUAAAGGGACAAACCAGAAAUCUUUAGCGGGUUUUCUUGUUUGCAACCUUGCUUCCAUCUUCAAAGGAGUAGUUCUUCCUAUAGCAGCUGGAAGAGUUGAAGGCAUUAUCAGUGUUAAAGUGCAUUUUAUCAAUGACUGUGGUUCACCCUGUGACUUUAAAUGUUUUCAUGCACUUUAAUUAUGAAUUUUCCUCUGAAGAAACUGUUUUUUUCUCAACCUUUUCUGACUGACACUUUCCUAUUACUGUGUUUAAAGGUGCAAGAGCAACAUCAUAGGGGCAGUGGGGAGCAGUCUUUGAGAAGGCAGUGCUUGCUGAGCUGCAUAGAAAUAAUGUUGUCUGCCAUAGAGAAGCAAAGAAUGGAGUUCACCUAUCUACGAAUGGGUUAACUUAUUCUUUUGUCAGAACACAACAACCUGCACUGAAGUGCUUUGGAAUAAAGAGUAUUUUAGAGGCAUAAAAAGUUGUUAAUGGUGGAACUGGCUUCUGUGCAAAGCACUGCUGGUGCGAGAUGUGAGCGGACACAUAUUCAGGUUUCAGUCGUCGUGAGCCGUGCUGUCUUUGUCUCAGUACCUGCAGUGCUGGGAUCACACCAGAACUCCCAUGUUACAGUAUGGUGAUGAAAUCAUUUGCACAAUGUGCACAUUUGCUUAAGAGCACAAAAGUGAUGUGAGUUUUCUGGAGCUGUAACUUCAGCAGGUGAAUUUCUGAAGCAUCUGUCUUUUAGAGAUUGCACUGUUUCUGUAGAAAGCAGCAGCAAAAUUUAUUUCACACAUUGCUUCUGAGAGAUAGAUGGUCCAAAAUGCUUCGUGUGGUUAACGUUUCCUGUCAGUCUUAGUGGGCUUCUUAUCUUUCUGUAAUUGACUACAAGAACCUCAUUGCUUUUUUGUAUUGUGGACACUGCCUCAGGGUGGGAAAUGUCUUAAGCUCUGAAGAGGAGAAAAAAAUGAGCUAUCUCACUUUUAGCCUACAUUUAAAAAUAAUAAUGUACUAUUCUGCAAACUAUAAAUAUAGCAAGUUUACUUAAUUGAAAGUGUUGAUCCUUGGAUGUAUUUUCAGAACAUCAACCUCUCUCAAAAAGAAGUUGAAGAUGUGAUCAGUGUGGACUACAAGGUGUAAUCACAUUCCUGAUUACAUUUCACCCAGUACUGUGCUGACCUCAUUGCCAUGCAAGUUAACUCUUGUAUUUCAUGACCUCUCAUCAGUUCGUGCAGCCAUGUCUGAAACUGUAACAGGCUGUUGCAUUGGACACAUCUUUCACAGAAGGAAAGGUUAGUGAAAAACCUGAAAAAGCUGCAGUCUACAAAUGGUGGUGGUACCUUCCUUUCAGUAGGAUAAACUGUGCGACUCAAGAUCUCCUAUCUCUUGUUUCUACUUUGAGCAAGUGCAUCUAGAAGACUUGUCUUUUGAAUACAACCGUUUUAAUCCUGUUGCUUCUUUACGUCUAUGUGACUGGCAGCGAAAGUACUACUUUUAUAACCUGCUCCCUGUCAGAUCAAACAGAUUCUUCCCCUGUGCUGGAUGAUUUCCUCUGCGUCUUCACUCUGUUGGGUAUCUGAAUUGUAACUAACUUUUCUCACUCCAGCUUCUGAUGUUUUCUUGCUUUGUAAAACCUUCAGCUGCUUUUUCCAUCUAUGGCCUUGUCCUAAGUGUUCCCAAGAUUUGGCAAAGUGCUCAUAUUGCACAAAGGGAUCAUCUGACAUGGUAAUCUAUUGCUGUGCGUGGUGCUUUGCUGUAACAGGGACAUUGAGAUUCUCAAGAAAUGCAGAAUCAGAUAUGCUAUCUGUUCCUGGAGUCUUAAUAAACAACGGAAGAAAAA